AUUUACCUGGUUAGUAGAAGUACAAGUGGCGUAGAAGUAUGAUAUUGCAGUAAGCAUAGCUGGUAACACAAUGGAAAAACAUUUAAACUGUAUAAAGUGCUUCGUUACGAUUUGUAUAAUAGCAGGUUUUGUGGUGAUCUCAACGCAAGAAAAUACGCCAUGCCAACUGCGAAUGUACAAAAAAGGUUUUGUUUGCAUUUGCAAUGCCACCUAUUGUGACUACUUGGAUGAUCCAACACCAAAUAAUGAGAGCGAAUUCGUUGUAGUAUCCACGUCGAAGGCUGGUCUACGCUUUGAAACUACGAGUGGUCUGAUUAAUGCUUCCGAAAGUUUACGCAUUGCAGAUUAUGAUGACCGCAAUGAUACCGCUAAACACGCGUUCUGGGAUACAGUGGCAUUUGAAAAAG